CCCUGCAAGGCUGCAAGUUGCAUCACGCAAUUAAAACGCAACACCUUCACUGGCUAACUCAUGUAUUCGAUUUGACCACCCUCAUUAGUCAUUACUUAGAUCUCUGCUCCCUUUCCCUGGAGUUGAACCGACGAAGAUGCAAGAUCAAAACACCGAACCCUAAUUAGAUUGAAGUUUUAUGCACAUUUUACCGGCUGGAAGAGCUCAAGGAGUAGUUAUUUGCAGGGACUGGGCAGUUGUGUUUUGACAACUAGAGUUAUUUGGCGGGGAUUUGCAAGAUGCAGCACGUUCCUGCUACAAUAGAAGACCAACUGACGAUCAAGGCUAUCAAGGAAGAAUGCCCCUGGGAAAGUCUUCCAAAGCGGCUUCAAGCUUCGUUGAAUUCCAGAGAAGAAUGGCAUAGAAGGAUAAUCGAACAUUGCAUAAAGACGAGGCUCCAAUGGAACACGUGUUUUGCUCGAAAAGUAUGCAGAGAAAGUGAAUACUAUGAAGAACUGAUGCGUUAUCUGCGAAGAAAUUUAGCGUUGUUUCCAUAUCACCUUGCGGAGUAUGUUUGCCGCGUGAUGAGGGUGUCUCCUUUCAGAUACUACUGCGAUAUGAUAUUUGAAGUCAUGAAAAAUGAACAACCUUAUGACAGCAUCCCAAAUUUUAGCGCUGCAGAUGCCUUGCGGCUUACUGGGGUCGGAAGAAAUGAAUUUAUUGACAUUAUGAACAAGUGCAAAUCUAAGAAAAUAAUGUGGAAGCUGAAUAAAUCAAUUGCAAGAGAACUAUUGCCUACUCAAGCAGUGGACUUUGUUAUUGAGCCAUGGUGGGGAGUUUGUCUUGUCAACUUUACUUUGGAAGAAUUUAAGAAACUGACAGAAGAAGAAAUGGCAACAAUUGAUAAAAUAUGUAAGGAGGAAGUGAAUUCCUUCAUUCUUUUUGACCCUGAAGUGAUAAAGGGACUUCAUCGAAGGGGACUGGUCUAUUUUGAUGUUCCUGUCUAUCCCGAUGAUCGUUUUAAAGUUUCCAGGCUUGAAGGAUUUGUUUCAAAUAGGGAGCAAUCCUAUGAAGAUCCUAUUGAAGAGUUGCUCUAUGCUGUGUUUGUGGUAUCUAGUGAGAAUUCAACUGUUGCUGAAUUGGCUGCAACUUUACAGGCUGAACUCUCUCAGCUUCAGGCUGCUGCUUCUUUUGCUUGCCGAUUAGGUUGGGCAAUAAAACUAUUAGAUCCAGCAAGUAUUCUUCAUGACUCAAAUGUUGCUGGCUCACCUAAAAGUAUACUCAGUGAUGAGGACGAUGGUUCUCGUGCUAGUUUGGGCUCUGCAUAUGUUCCCACUGAUGGCAGUGCCUUCCAGCAAGGAGAUGUUCCAUUGACAGAAAAUCAAAGCAUGGCCUCUGGUUAUGCUCGUGUGGCCUUUGUUGUGGAUGCUAAUAUAACAUCUUAUCUUAUGAUGGGAUCCAUCUCACCAGGUCUCAAGGAUCAUGCAGUAAAACUAUAUGAAGCUGGAAAACUUGGCCAUGCAAGCAUUGCUGAUCUCUGCAAGGAUUUGAGCACACUUGAAGGAGCAAAAUUUGAAGGAGAACUGCAGGAGUUUGCCAAUCAUGCGUUUAGUCUCCGAUGUGUUUUGGAAUGUCUAGCUUCAGGUGGGAUUAGACCUGAUGAUAGGGAAAAUGAUGGCAUUGUAUCUUUUACAAAUGGGGAAGCCACUAUCAUGGAAACAGGAACUUCAACGAACAAAUCAGGGUAUCUUGCUAUAAUAGAAUCUGGAACAAAUGCUGAUAAUUUUGUUCAUUCUGGAGCAUCAAAUGAAAAUGCAGAUGCUGAUCAACCUGUUGAUGAUAUUCUGUUAGGAACAAAACCUGAAGAGAUUGAUAACUUUGCUGGGGAUACUAGAUCGGAGAUUAAUUCCCAGAAUGAGGUGAAAUCAACAUCUAGUGAAGGUCUAGAUGUUUGGAAGGGAACAGUGAAACUGAAAAAAUAUCGAGUAGAUAUUCUUCGUUGUGAAAGCCUGGCUGCUCUUUCACCUGCAACAUUGGAUUGCUUAUUUAUUCGUGACUAUGACAUUGUUGUAUCCAUGAUUCCACUACCACCUUCUUCAGUUUUACCUGGACCAAAAGGUCCUGUUCAUUUUGGACCUCCCUCCCAUUCCUUCAUGACACCAUGGAUGAAAUUGAGCCUCUAUUCUGCUAUGGCUAGUGGACCUCUAUCGGUUGUUUUGAUGAAAGGGCAGUGUUUAAGAAUGCUCCCUGCACCUUUAGCUGGCUGUGAGAAGGCCCUUGUGUGGUCAUGGGAUGGAUCUUCUGUUGGUGGGUUGGGGGGGAAGUCUGAGGGGAAUUUAGUCAAAGGAAGUGUACUCUUGCAUUGUGUAAAUUCCCUUCUCAAAUGUUCAGCUGUACUUGUGCAGCCGCUCAGUAGAAAUGACCUUGAUGAAUCUGGAGAAAUUGUAACCAUUGAUAUCCCCUUACCAUUGAAGAACUCUGAUGGUUCAACGGCUAACAUAGGGGAAGAGCUGGGACUGCACUCUGACAAAAUUUUAAAUUUGAACAUUCUGUUGACUGAUCUGGCAAAUAAAUUGAACCUUUGGAGCCUUGGCUAUAUUCGCUUACUAAGACUUUUCAAAGAAAAAGUUUCUGAAAGCUUUGCAGAUGAUGAUGGGAAAUAUGAAUGGGUUCCACUUAGUGUAGAAUUUGGUAUUCCGCUAUUUAGUCCAAAAUUAUGUAAUUAUAUUUGUAAGAGAGUAGUUUCAUCGCAAUUACUCCAAACAGACUUAUAUAAUGAGCAUCACGAGGCCAUGCAAGGGUUAAGAAAGAGGUUGCUAGAUGUGUGUGCUGAGUACCGAGCAAUAGGUCCAACAGCAAGACUACUGUACCAGAAAGAACAGCCUAAGGAAUCAACUAAACAGCUUAUGACUUAUGCAAGUGGAAGGUGGAACCCCCUUGUGGACCCCCCUUCUCCCAUUUCUGGGAAAACAGUUGAACAACAGAGAUUUAAGCUUGCUAACAGACAGCGAUGCAGAACAGAAGUUUUGAGUUUUGAUGGCAAUAUUCUAAGAUCAUAUGCUCUAACCCCUGUUUGCGAAGCUGAUACCAGACUACUUGAAGACUCUUCCCAAAUGAAUACUAUUGAGUCAGAUGAUGCCAACAGUAAAGAAGUGAUUCAUCCUGGUGUAAAUAUUUUAUUUGAUGGGUCCGAGUUGCGCCCUUUUGACAUAGCUGCUUGUUAUCAAGCUCGUCUACCUGUCUCUUUGAUUGCUGAGGCAUCAACACGUUCAGCAGUUAAAUAGGGUAUCAGAUGGGAUUCUUGCCAAUACCCUCAUGUCUUGGGAAUAAUUUGCUUCACCACAUUACUCUGUUGCUGAUUGUUGGCUGCAUUUUUUUUUUUGGGUUGACAUGAUGCAAGAGUCAGUACAGAUGCUGAAUUAAAUAUUACAGAGUCUGUUUCUUCUGUUGUUUGUAUUCUGUGCUUUCCACCAGAUGCUCUAUAGUCUUCUAUUAGAUACUCUAUACUAUUCAAUUACUCAUUAUUGGUAUGAUUCCUUGUGUUGUGCCGGUUUCUUCUCCUCGGAGGCAAGAGCCUGACUCUGUUCUUUAAAACCUUGUAGCAAUUGAUUGAUUUUAUAUUUUUAAAAA